AUGGUAUUCGGGUUAUUUGACAGUCAUGAAGAUGAUCAAAACAAUGAUCCAUCGCAACAACAAGAAGAUCGUCUGAAACUCAUUCAUAGGCGCAGUUCGAUGCAAAAAAUCGACGAAGCAGCUGCGCGGUCAAAGGAAUUUCUCGAAUCGGACAAGACGACUACUUCCCCAACUGCAGUCCGGAAUUCUUUCAUUGCUGGUUGGACGGCUGGAGUCACAGGAACUUUGGCCGGUCAUCCACUGGAUUCCCUGAAAGUAUGGGUUCAGACUGGGAUUCGACCUGCUGCAAACCCCCUUGCCGCAAAUGCAAAUGGGAUGCUAAAUACGGUCCGGCGGUAUUACUCGGGUGUUGGAGGACCCUUGGUCACGGUGGGUUUGUUACAAUCCAUCAACUUUGCGGUAUAUGAUACGACGAGACGAUUCGUGUACUUUCACAUUGACAAUCCCCAAGCUGACCCCCAUGGCCCCGAAGCACGCGACUACUUGAAUCAAGACUCCUACACAUCCGUGGGUGUAGCAGGAUUCGCCGCCGGUUCUGUCCUGUCGCUGAUUACUUCUCCCAUUCUCAUGGUCAAGACGAUGCAACAGACCCGUGGAAUGAAAUUCCAGGAAGCUCUGCGAAUGACUCGAGCAAAUCCCGCUACAGGCUUUGGAGUCCACUUUGCAGUCGAGACCUUGAAUCGGUCAGUAUACUUUUGCACAUAUGAGUAUCUGAAACGAUACUUUGAGCAGCAACAAUUACAGGAUAAUGACGAUGCAAAACCAACAGCGUCCUUGGGUGGCCGAAUGAUCAGUGCUGCCGCUGCUGGAAUCAAUUGCUGGGCAUGGCUGUACCCUGCUGACGCACUUCGAAGUCGUAUGUAUGCGCAAAUGGCCGCUGGUGCUCCCAUUUCAACCUUGGAAACAGCCAAAAUUAUGUAUGCAGAGAACGGAGUGCGCAGUUUUUAUCGUGGAUUUACGGUCACGACCUUGCGUGCCGGACCUGUUGCCGCUGCCAUUCUUCCAGUGUACGAUUAUGUUCUGGAUACUCUCAAUACGGUAUCUUAA